AUGGGCCAAAAUGUCUCUGCCGUCAAUGGCGUUCGGUCCGACAACUACUACCAACCCGGCAAUGCCAUCAACGAGAUCUGGUUCGGCGACGUCGAGCUCAUCUCUCGUCUCCCAUUUGGGGACUCCGAUAUGGCUCAGGCGGGCUGGUCGAACGGCGAAUGGCCCAAAGUCCCCUGGCACAAUUUCAUCAUUCCGAUGAAACGAGAUGUAUCGCCGACAACGGAGUACGAGGCACCAGUGAUCACGGUUCCUGUCACUAGCCCGACUGAUCAGAAGGGACUCUCGGAUGAGAAAGAUUCGGCGGACAUGAAGGACGAACCGACCGGCCAGAAAGUCUGGUCUGGCAAGAAAUUUUCCGGCAAAAAGAUAUCGCCUGCUUGUUCUGACGACGGGGGUGAUGAAGAUGACGGAUGGGACGAGCCCGGCGUGCUUUCGGACGUCGGCACCAUAGCCCUCAUGGGCGCUCUUUCGACUGUCUCCAUGGCGAGUUUUCGUCUACCGAUUUACCUACGACAGCGCCCGGAGCCGACCAGCUUGGCCAUGGAGCCUCAUCGGACGAAGACCAAAUAUUACAUCUCCCGUGCAGCCAUCGCAACGCUCUCCACAAUGGUUUGUCUGACGACGGCAAUUCUGAGUCUUUUCUUCCUCAUGACCUUCCGGCCGUCUUCGUCGCUGCGCGCUUGGUUUGGCCCGCUCUUUAUAACCUUAAUUUCCCUCAUCUACACAUGGGGACUGUAUAUUCAACUGAAAACGAUCAUCCCGCUCUGGAAGGAUUGGAAGACCGUUUGGCGUGAGGGCGAUCUUGAGAUGGCGCAACCUUAG